AUGACCAAUCAAGACCGAGUUUUCAUUCUUGUCGGCUCCACAGCACGCUUCAAACCACAAAAUGACGAGCAAGUCGUUGGCCCAGCGAACACUCAGAUCAACACUGAAAGCAACCCAGUCCAGAUACCCCUCACGUACUGUGCAACCUGUGGUGUCACCUGGCUCGUGGGGGAAAUAGGCCUGGAUGCUGCAACCAAGCAUCCGACACACAACACCUAUGAACAUAUAUAUGCGGGGACUAGUCGCUCACUUGUGGUAUUCAUUGAUGGUGCCUGCCCAUCAAACGGGCCAGCUGCUCUCCAGGCCUCGGUUGGUGUGUAUUUUGGGCCUGACUCACCGAAGAACAUUUCUCGCAUCAUAGAUACAAACAACCCAACGAACCAGCUCGCAGAGAUAACAGCAGCGUUGGAGGCUAUGCGCAAGGUCCGCUCUACAGUUGUCCUGGAGCGUCGUUCUCUUGUCAAGGCUUCGUUUCCGGGAACUGGUGCUGACAAGUUGCGGGACCUUUGCCACUUUCGACUCAUUCUCGGUACCGACUCAAGCUACUUGGUCGACUGCCUUUGCGAGUAUAUGCCACAGUGGACUUCAGAUGAUCAAAACCAAGUCUAUGGCAAUCGUCAAGGACAGACCAUCAAGAACAGUGAAGGUUUUAGGAUGCUAUACGAAGAGACGGAGCUUCUAUCUAUGGUCGGUGUGCAGGUGGUGUGGUAUUACGUCCCACGCGAUUUCAAUCACGAAGCAGAUGCUUUGGCAAAUGCAGCGUUACCUGUAGCCUAA